AUGGCUCCGACAGCAACUGCUUCGGUCGGCGCUGCCGUCGCCUCGAUCCCCACUACGCUCAAGACCGUCGCGCACGCCGUGUCGGCUACUGCGUCGACCUCUGCUUCCACUCUGUCCACCUCUGAGGUGAUCCACAAGGAAGCCGAGUAUGGUGCGCACAACUACCACCCUUUGCCCGUCGUGUUUGACCGUGCUCAGGGAGCGCACGUCUGGGAUCCCGAAGGCAACCAGUACCUCGACUUUCUCUCUGCCUACAGCGCUGUCAACCAAGGACACUGCCAUCCGGCGAUUGUCGGUGCACUUGUGGCUCAAGCCCAGAAGUUGACGCUCAGCUCGAGAGCUUUCUACAACUCUGCGUUUGCACCUUUUGCCGAAAAGGUCACCAAGACAUUCGGAUACGAAAUGGUUCUGCCGAUGAACACGGGUGCCGAAGCCGUCGAGACGGCGCUCAAACUCGCUCGUAAGUGGGGCUACAUGAAGAAGCGUAUUCCUGAGGGCAAAGCUCGUCUGCUUUCCGUCAGCGGCAACUUUCACGGUCGAACGCUGGGUGUCAUCUCCAUGUCGACCGACCCAGAGUCGAGGACUGGAUUCGGACCCUUUUUGGACCGCGUCGGUCCCGGUGUUGACGACAUGACGAUUCGAUACGACAACGCCGAUGACCUCGAAAAAGUGCUUGACAAGUACGGCCAUGAAGUCGCUGCCUUCCUUGUGGAACCGAUUCAAGGCGAAGCCGGUAUCGUUGUUCCUUCGGACGGAUACCUCAAGAGGGUCCAGGAGCUCUGCCGCAAGCACAACGUUCUAUUCAUUUGCGACGAGAUCCAAACAGGACUCGGACGAACGGGAAAGAUGCUCUGCCAUCAACACGACAAUGUUCGUCCGGACAUUGUUACGCUCGGCAAAGCGCUCUCCGGGGGCGUCUACCCAGUCUCUGCCGUUCUCGCCGACAAGGAAGUCAUGCUGUGCAUCAAGCCCGGUGAGCACGGUUCUACUUAUGGCGGCAACCCUCUUGGCUGUGCGGUAGCGAGCGCCGCAAUCGACGUGCUUGUCAACGAAAACCUAUGCGACCGAGCCGAACAGUUGGGUGCCAGAUUCCGCGCGCAGUUGCGCGACAUUCAACACCCUCUGCUCGCAAGCGUGCGCGGGCGUGGUCUAUUGAACGCCAUCGUGAUUGACGAACAAAAGUCCACGAAACGCCGUUCCGCAUGGCAGCUGUGCCUGCUCUUGAAGAGCAAAGGUCUACUCGCUAAGCCCACGCAUGUCAACAUCAUCAGGUUGGCGCCACCGCUCGUCAUAACCGAAGCCGACUUGGACAGGGGUGUGGAAAUCAUCAAACAGGCUCUCGACGAAUUGGAUUCCCUCGACAGCAUUCCAGGGGACGACCAACACUGA